GAGUGAGUUUGCGAAGUCCACGAUCAACUAACAACAAACGAAAGCUCCUUCGCCAUGUGAAAGAUGGAAGAACACUCUCUCUUUCACUCUGAUUUGCAGAUCUUGGGUUAACUCACCCAACUCACUCGUUCAAUUCAAAACCUCUGCCUCAAGUUAUGGAAUCUUUACUAUCCUCUCUCUCUAGAUUCAUUUCAAAGCUCAGUCGCUUUGCCAUUCUCUUUGUGUUUCUGUUUUCUUGCUACACUUUUACUUCCACAGAAGCUUAUGAUCCACUUGAUCCAACUGGGAAUAUCACAAUCAAAUGGGAUUUGAUGAGCUGGACUCCAGAUGGAUAUGUUGCUGUUGUUACAAUGUACAACUUCCAACAAUAUCGCCAUAUUCAAUCACCUGGUUGGACAUUGGGGUGGACAUGGGCAAAAAAGGAAGUCAUUUGGAGCAUGGUGGGAGGCCAAACCACAGAGCAAGGGGAUUGUUCAAAAUAUAAAGGGAACAUCCCACAUUGUUGUAAGAAGGAUCCAACUGUAGUGGAUUUAUUACCAGGAACUCCCUACAACCAGCAGAUUGCAAAUUGUUGCAAGGGUGGAGUAUUAACGUCCUGGGUCCAGGAUCCGGCCAAUGCAGCAGCUUCAUUUCAAGUCAGUGUGGGUGCUGCAGGAACAACUAACAAAACUGUCAGAGUGCCCAAAAAUUUCACAAUAAGAGCCCCAGGGCCUGGAUAUACUUGUGGACCUGCUAAAAUUGUGAAACCAACUAAAUUUGUUUCGGCAGAUAAAAGGAGAAUCACUCAGGCUAUGAUGACCUGGAAUGUUACUUGCACGUAUUCACAAUUUCUGGCUCAAAAAACUCCCACCUGUUGUGUUUCUCUCUCGUCCUUUUACAAUGACACGAUAGUAGGCUGUCCAACUUGUGCAUGUGGCUGUCAAAACAACGGAACUGAUUCUGGGAGCUGCAUUGACCCAAAGUCUCCACAUUUAGCUUCAGUUAUUAGUGCUCCAGGGAAAGGUGUUACUAAACCUAUGAUCAAGUGUACCAGUCAUAUGUGUCCUGUCAGAGUUCAUUGGCAUGUCAAGCUCAAUUACAAAGAGUACUGGCGUGUAAAGAUCACAAUCACUAAUUUUAACUAUGCAAUGAAUUACUCACAGUGGAAUAUUGUUGCGCAGCACCCCAACUUUGAUAAUCUCACCCAACUUUUCAGCUUUAAUUACAAAUCAUUAACUCCUUACCAAGGCUUAAAUGAUACUGCCAUGCUAUGGGGAGUUAAGUUCUACAAUGAUUUUCUAAAUGAAGCUGGCCCUUAUGGGAAUGUGCAGUCAGAGCUAUUAUUCCGCAAGGAUUUAUCAACUUUCACUUUUGAAAAGGGUUGGGCUUUCCCUCGAAGGAUUUAUUUCAAUGGUGAUAAUUGUGUGAUGCCACCUCCAGAUGCCUACCCAUGGUUACCAAAUGCCAGUUCCCGGUCAAUUAUUUCUUUAUUUCAACUGACCAUAACAAUCUUGGCAUCUUUGGUACUCUUUGUAGCUUCUGCAUGAUGAAUUAUAUUUAGAGCCUGUUGGAAAAGCUAAGUGUUGUUCUACAACUUUCUUGAUGUGCCGCUUGGUUUAAUUUGUUCUGAAGCUGUGUACUCCAGUUCCUAGCAUGAAAUGAGUGGGUUCAGGUGCACUACAGCCUGUCGCUACAGAAAUCUGCCCUUUGUUUAAUUUAUGUAUUGGAAUUAGAGGUUUCUGCCUUAUUUUUAGAAUCAUCUGUUAUGCUAUAUUGUGUAUAUAUAUACACUUGAUCUAAUUGUUUGUAGAAUAUCUACACACAAAAAAAAAAGGUGCUUGUAACAAUGAACUUGAUGCAGAAAUUAUAGUUGAUAUAUGAUUUACUUCA